GCCGAGCGCCGCGUCUCGCGGAGUUGAUGGCAGCACCACUGUGCGGCCGCCCAGCCGAGCGCCGAGCGCAGCCGCCCGCCGCUGCCCAGGGAGCGUCCAAGAUGUGGGGGGAUCGGGGCGGCAGCGGCCGCAGUAGCGCCAGGGACGGGGGCGCGCAGCAGCCUCCGCUCGCCCGCCUGUGCUGACCUGCCUCGCCUGCCCCCAGAGAAUGUCAGCCAAGUCCAAGGGGACCCCCUCCUCGUCCUCUCCAGCCGAGGGACCUCCGGCAGCCUCCAAAACCAAGGUGAAGGAACAGAUCAAGAUCAUUGUGGAGGAUCUAGAAUUAGUCCUGGGCGACCUGAAGGACGUGGCCAAGGAACUUAAGGAGGUGGUUGACCAGAUUGAUACCCUGACCUCCGACCUGCAGCUGGAGGAUGAGAUGACCGACAGCUCCAAAACGGACACCCUGAAUAGUAGCUCCAGCGGCACAACGGCCUCCAGCAUCGAGAAGAUCAAAGUGCAGGCCCACGCACCCCUCAUCAAGCCCCCAGCACACCCGUCUGCUAUCCUCACCGUCCUGAGAAAGCCAAACCCUCCGCCACCUCCCCCGCGGUUGACCCCUGUGAAGUGUGAAGAGCCCCCGAGAGGGGUGCCAACGAUCAAUCCUGUGAAGACGAAUGGUACCCUCCUGCGAAACGGAGGCUUUCCCGGGGCACCCAACAAAAUUCCAAAUGGAGACGUCUGCUGCAUACCCGCUAGUACCUUGGACAAGGCUCCCGGGCGGCCUCUGAAGCACAGACCUGAAAAAGACAGGUGCCUCCAGGCAGGGCCCCGGGAACGAGUUCGGUUUAAUGAAAAAGUACAGUACCAUGGCUAUUGUCCCGACUGUGACACCCGGUAUAACAUAAAAAACAGAGAGGUCCAUUUACACGGCGAACCUGUCCACCCACCGGAAAAGCUUCCUCACCCAGGCCCCCCCCUCCCUCCUCCACCCCACCUCCCUCCUUUUCCACUGGAAAACGGGGGGCUGGGAAUAAGCCACAGUCACAGUUUCCCCCCUCUCAGACCUGCAACUGUGCCUCCUCCCACUGCACCAAAACCACAGAAGACAAUCUUGAGGAAAUCAACCACUACAACAGUGUGAUGUAUGCCAUUUCCAAAACCUUUUUGUUUUUGUUUUUUUUUAAUUUCUAUACUAUAAACAUAAAAUAAUAAGUAAUGAGCACUUUCUACUCAAGCAAUAAAAAGCCCAAAUAUAUUAAUCCUGCAUUCAGCAAAGUGGCAUAAAAUCCACCUGGUAAGUAUGCAGUAUGUUGUUUAUAUCCCGGGUAUGCGGUGUUUAAACAGUUGCAUCGUCGGAAACCACAGAACCAUGAAAAAGCUGCGCUUAUUGUUUCUUUCAACCGACCUAUGAUAAAUGGUGACCUCUAGAUUUCAAAUGAUUUACUCUCAGAGAUGGGAUUAGUUUCAUUUAUUCACGCCUAACUCAUCUAUGCAUUAAUAACAUGUCAUCCUCCUACCUUUGACCAGAUGCUUUUUAGGAAGAAAUUUUAAUACCGAAGGACUAUUUUAUUAUUUUUUCUAAAGAUGUUUGUCACUAGUUUUACAUUAUGAAAUGCCGAGAACAAUACCAAAAAGUUUUAUUUUCUAUACUACACAAUUAUGAUUAUACGUUCCGCUAUAUCUGUAAUGAAAGAUUUUUGUCUGUGGAAAUAUCAUAUGUCAAUAAACAACAGUACCUAAUGGCAAAA